AUGCAUUUUAAUUUAAUUUCCCUUUUCUUGCUAAUUUUCCUCGUAAUGGUUGAGUCAACACCUGACCAUUACAAAACUUUAGGAGUUCCAAAGAAUGCGACAACAAAAGAGAUUAGAACAGCACACAAAAAAUUAAUGUUAAAAUAUCAUCCGGACAAAACUAAAAAUGACCCGAUUGCUUUGAGAUUUUCACAAGAAAUAAAUAAUGCUCGUGACAUUCUUACUGAUGAGAAAGAACGGAGAGAUUAUGACAAAAAAUUGCAAGAAUCCUCUGGAUCAUCGUAUACAACGUCUGAAGGGGCAUCUACAUCUGGAAGAUCUGAAAGGACAUCUGGAUCAUCUGCAACGCCUAGAGAAUCAACUAGAGCUUCUUAUGGGGCAUCUGCAAUGCCUGGAGAAGCAUCUACUACGCACAGAGGAGCAUCUUCAUCGUAUCAAGGAGCAUAUAGAUCGUCAAGUGAAACUUCAUCAGAUUCAUCAUACGAAUCACAAGGUUAUAAAUUUUGUUAUUUCAACAAGAGCCAAUCUCAAAAAACCCAAGAUGCAAAAUUGGUCAGUGAAAGGCAAAACGCCCCUGGUCUACCCCUGUCCCGAAUCUUAUUAUAA